AUGACAACCUCCAGUAAGAAAGAUACAACUCGACGAAGUCUUUUCAAUCUCUGGAUCCCAACUAAAGACGUCGUCUCUGGAAAGUCCAACACAUCUCCAACUGAUUCUGGGACAACAGAAAGCCCGGCAUCAGAGCCAAUUAUCCCAGGGGGGAAAGAUCGGCUUAGGGUUCGCUUGACUCGCAGUGGCUCCAAGAUUUUACUGUUGCUGGGCUUGCGUGGUUCAUCCAAGAGUAACAAAGGGUUUAGUGUCGACACUGAUUGCGGUGAUUCCGUACAGGCUGGCGACGAAAGCCCAGAUCCCUCGAACCCAUCCUCCCCAUGUGGUAAUGGCGAUGAUAGCCCAGGGUAUCUCACUGCAGUCGAGUCCCCACAAAGUGAACCAUUACCUGCCACUCCUUCGCUCAGUGCCCCCACCGAAGGGGUUGAAACAUUCUCUGAGCCCCUACCCGACCUACGACCAUCACCCGAGAGUCAGGGCGAAUUAGCUGUUGUCGACGACGUGCAGCAGCAUGCCACAGGUCAGGACUCGAUAUCAACUACUGUCACUGAGCAACGGAGCCCAACAAAUCCAAAAUUUGUCAAUCGCUUUUCGCAUAAGAUCUCACUAGCGUUUGGCCAGCCCACUGUCAUACGCCGUGCGCAUCUUCGUUCAAGACCAAGUAUCUUGCAGAUCAAUUCUCCAGUAUUAGACGAUCUGAGUAAACAGAGUGAUGGUGCCAAUGAUAGCUCAGACCCAUCAACCAGCCCCAGUAGUGGUGCGUCUCCUGCUGGUGGGAAGUCAACUCCACUGACUCCGCUCACAUCCGGAGGGCCGUCGCCUGCCUCGGAUAAAGACAAGCUGCACGAUGGACACGAAACUGCAGUGGUGCACUGGCCCUCUCUCUCUGAGAUUAAUGAAACUUCCAGUCAUUCAGAACCCAAUACAAUCACUUUAUCGCCGUCAAUCAAAACGGUGGAAGCGACAUCAGUGGCAAAGAUUUACUUGGAAACAUACUUCAACUCCAUUUUCCAAAACAGAGAUCCCCGACAACAACGUCAGCUCGAAUUGGAGCAGCAUAUAUAUGCGUUUGAGCUCACACCCGAGGAGCGGUUGAUGACAAGACACAACUGGGUCUUGCGAGAGAACGAUUAUCUACGACAGUGCCGUGUGCUCAAAUCAAAUCGAUACCGCACUCAAAGCGAAAGCGCCAUAUCUGUCGCAGGGUACAAACCCAUAAAGGUACUGGGGAAAGGAAGCUUUGGUGUUGUGCGUCUUGUUCGAGAUAUUGGCUCCGAUUUAAAGAGUUCCCAUGAAGAUGACCCUCUGACUCUCACAGACAACAAUGUCCACUCCAGAUCGAAUCCUCUUGGGGUUCUAAUGUCUGCUGUAGAGGGUGCCAAACAAACCAGGCGAAGGUAUAUGACCGGCGAAAAAAAGGAGGUAUAUGCCAUGAAAGUCAUCAAAAAGGCAGAGAUGAUCCGCAACUCCCAGGAAGGCCAUAUUCGCGCAGAAAGAGAUUUCCUUGUUGCCUCUGAGACCUCUCGUUGGGUUGUUCCUCUGAUCACCAGCUUUCAGGAUGCCAACAAUCUGUAUCUUGUGAUGGAUUACAUGGUUGGGGGUGACUUUUUAGGGCUACUGAUCCGUAAAGAUACGCUCCGCGAGGACUGGGCACGAUUUUACGUCGCCGAAAUGAUAUUGUGCAUUGAGGAGGCACAUAGACUUUGCUGGAUUCAUCGCGAUGUCAAGCCUGAUAACUUCCUCAUCUCUGCGUCGGGCCAUUUGAAAAUUUCCGAUUUCGGUCUGGCUUUCAAUGGGCAUUGGUCGCACGAUCAAGCUUAUUAUAACAGCCAUCGUUACUCCUUGCUGGAGAAACUUGCCAUUGAUGUCAAGGGUGAUUCCGAAGACCAGAAGGAGGUUGCCGAGGCGAAAGAGCUCGCGCCUGAAAUAAAAUUGCACGGUCUGAAUGACUAUGUUUUUCAUGGACCAUCCUCGACAAGUUUGCUGGAUUGGCGAGACAACAAGGGGCGACGCAGAUUCGCAAAAAGUGUUGUUGGAACCAGUCAAUACAUGGCACCUGAAGUCAUUCGCGGUGAAAUAACUCUGCGAUUUCCACGAGAGAAAUCAACGGACAAGUUAGUCUCCCAGGAUGCCAUGGACCUGGUUACCAGGAUUCUCCAAGAGCGCGAAUAUCGCCUGUGCUCUCCCAAGUACCAAGCCAAUGAUAUACUUAAUGGACGUCCUGUCUCAACUCAAAUGCUGUACUCCAUGGACCCGCGGUACAGAAACAUCGCGAGCUACUACGUAUACCCCAACGAUGCAGCAGACAUCAAGAUCCAUCCGUUCUUCCGAGGUAUCCGAUGGCAAGAUCUCCACAUGUGCCAGCCACCAAUGAUCCCUAGGGUCAGGAACUGGGAAGACACUAGAUAUUUUGAUGACUGGAAGUUGCCUGGCGACGUUGCGGAGAAUGCUGGUUUUGACUCGGAGGAUGCUGACCAAGAGCCUGACGAGAUCGCCCCUGCGAAUCAAGAAAUAAGUCCAGUGAAGGACACUGAGCCACCAGUUGCUGAGACUACCCCACGUGCAGCACAGGAGCAGGCGAAAGACGCUGAAAAGAAAAAGGAGAAGAAGCGGCCCCGUGAUAAAAUCCUUCGAGACAAACAGAUGAGCAAGACAGUCUUGGACAUUCGCAAAAAGGGGGCUUUUCUGGGGUAUACAUACCGGCGACCCAACGACGUUGCUUUGGCUUUCAGCACAUCGCAAGGGCGUCAACCGUAUGCCCGAGGUCAAUUGGACGGCCUGUAUACAUCGUGA